GUGCAAAAUUGUUGACACAUUUACAUAUAUGCGUGCCAGAGUUUUUGGUAUACGUAGCGCGUCAUUUAAACACAAAAAAACAAAUAUCAAAUGUGGAGUACGCCAUGUUGGUGCGUUCUUUCAUUGGACGCGCGCGCGUCGACUAAUCGCAGCUUCGGCGUCGCUGUGAACAGGUGUUCGCUACUGUCAAUUUAAAUUUUAGCCGGUAUGGUAACAUUGGAGUAAUAAGUCGAUGUGUAAGAUACAAAACAAGUUGUUUUACAAUACUUGUCAUAUUAUCUCGGAAAAUAAUUAAACGAUACAACAUUGUCGUUAAGUUAUUGUUAUAGAUUUUUUACGCAAAAUACGUAAUAGAGAAUUCUUAUUUAUUUAUUAUUUAUACGCGACAGUAACAUCUUCUUUUCGACAAUAUUACAUAUAUUACACAAUUAAUUAUGUAUUCGCCGUUAUCGCCGCAAGCCAGUCUCAGUUCAGAAUUAAGAAAAAUUAUUGACGAAAGGAACAUGUUGAGUAUGCGGAGCCGUAUGAAAGUUUUACACGCAUUGAAUGAAGAUAACGAGAAGUAUGCAGAAGCAAAAGAAAGAGCUCUAAGAGCACAGGCCAUUCAGGAAAUCUUAGCUACAGAAGUUACCUAUUUGCAACAGUUGGAAAUUCUGGCAAAGUUUUUUAUACAACCUAUUCUCGAAAGAAAGUUACUAGAUCAUCCAUUACUCGUCAGUCUACUGGAGAAUAUAACAACAUUGUAUAAUGUGAGUGGCGAAUUGAUAGAGGGAUUAAAACGCAAUCCCGACAACGUGGCGGAAGUAUUUCAUAAACUCGCACCGUUUUUCAAGCUGUAUUCCGUUUACGUUUACGAUUACACACAAGUGUUACAUCUAAUCCAAACAAGUGAAGAGAACAAUCCCGCCUUUAAAAAGUUUAUUUCUGAUCAAGAAACAAGGCCGGAAGUAAGCAGGAAAUUAUCUUCGUUGUUGAUCACACCUGUGCAAAGAGUACCGAGAUAUCAGUUACUUGUUAAAGAGGUGUUGCAACACACUCCUUGCAGACACAAAGAAUAUCGACCCUUACAGAGCUGUCUGGUUGAAAUUGAAAAGUCCGCGAAGCACAUAAACUCUUUGAUCGCGCAGAAUGAAGAGACACAGAAAUUACUGAAUCUUCAGAAGUGUAUCUCCACUUCGAUCAAUCUCGUCAAACCUGGCAGAAUGUUACUUAAACAGGGACCGUUGAUGCGUGUUUCGAGACGCGGAAAAGUUGCUUACAAGAGAUACUUUGUUCUUUUAAAUGAUACUUUAUUAUAUUGUAAGGGCGAACCGGAAACUUCAUUAAGCGUGUCUUGCGUUCUACCGUUGAACAAGUGCAGUUUAACUUGUGUUCUGAGCAAGAAACUGUUUCGCAUAACGUGUUUGCACGAAGCAUUUCUCUUGUAUUCGGAAAACGAUGAUAGUGAGCAAUGGAUACAAUCAAUACAAAAUGCUAUUAACAAGUAUACUGAAUGUCGGCAAACAUUGAGGAAGGAAAGUAGCUCAAGAAAGCCACUUAGACAUAAAACUAUUACUGAGUUCCCAUCAUAUGACAUUCCGAAAAAGUCUAUUAAAAGAAAAAGAUGCAAACUAGAUGAACAGGUAUCAUUGGAUUCUUCUAACAUUAUAUACUUUAAAAAGGACAAUGAAACGGAUGAUUUUCGAGAUGAAAACAUUUGUUUACCUUUCUCCACCAAAAAAUUUAAACAAGACGAAUAUAACAAACACGACAAUAUUAUUUUUCGGAGAAAGGGAAGAAAUGUGAAAAUGAAGUUACUACGUAAAAAUAAAAACGAACGAUUUCGUGUACCUCCCUAUAAAGGCCAUUUGAAUAAACCGAGCGGUAGUAGUCGCACUAGCGAGAUUGUAACAGCGACAGAUAAAGGCGAGUCAAGUCCGUAUCUGAUCACGAGGGAAGAAAAUAAUACAUCGCCGUUCAUGAUGAUUAGUGAUUUCUUUACAUACAUCGGAACGUCCAUAAGAAAUUUUUUUACAUUUAGAUAGAAUUAGCAUAUUGCGUCGCAAUAUUAUAAAAGAAAGAAAAUAAGACUCUUUGAUCUUCGGAACUUUCAAAUAAUUUGAAUUUAGAAACGAGAAAAUAAGAAACUGAGAAAAAAAUUUAGAAAAAUCGAGAAAAUAAAGAGCUCAGUCUUGUCAUCUCGGUUGCGAUUGAUCGAGGUAACCUGGUCGAUCAAUGCGAUUAAAAUGUGCGCAUUGGUUGAUCGGCCAAAUUAUUCGAAUGCCAUCGCUUCUCUCUCCGUUCACUCGGAUCACUAUUUUUUUUUUUUAUACAAACGCCGUUAUCUACCGUCGGUUUCUCCUUAUGAACGUAACGAGAUUUUGAUGUUGGUAAUACUAUACAUGCCAGAGAGAAACUUGAGAGCGGCCAGGCCCAUAAGAAAAUGUGUAAUCACUUUUCCACCCUAAGCCAGCGCACAUGUGGUGGAAAUCCACAGGUGGUGCACAUUGGCAACUACAUAGCCAUGUCCACGACCGACUUGUCGAUUCGUACGCUAUGUCCAAACAGCGUCGUUGUGGAACUUGCGGCACGUGACGUCACGCAGUAGAGAGGUAGAAAGGUACGACUCGCGUCGUACUUUUCUCACCAAUCGUAAAUUACCCUCUUUACUGCGUGACGUCAGGAGUGCCGCAAGUUCCACGGCAACGCUGUGUCCAAACAUCAACAUGGUUCUAUUUUCUAUUCCGUGCUAUGUGCACGAGUCCAGGUUUCGAGUCGACACUUGACCCUAGCCGCUCUCCGCAGCUUCUCUUUGCUGAAAUACAAACCCAUAAGAAUCAGAAAAAAGUAAACACGGAAAGAAAUAAAUAAUAUAAUAAACACUAAAGAAGAUAAUAUAUACUAAACAAAGUUAAGGUCUAUUAUUUUUCGCGAAAUAAUCCCGGAACGCUAGAGCUUUGCAAAUUGUGGCGCAAUUCAAGCGUCAAUUUCGACGCAAACAAAACAGACAAAAUUGUCAUUUACUAAAAUUUAAAACAUCGAAAACAAGUAAUUUACAAAAACUAACAAA